AACACAACACAACCCAAGACACAUACCAUCCUCUUUCUCUCUACUACCUCACCUAUACCUACUCUAUCUACGCUAGGUCACUUGAGCACUUCUUAACCCUUGCAUAACACAUCCUCUCACAAUGGGCAAGGCUAUUCACUUCGGUGGCGGGAAUAUCGGCCGUGGCUUCGUUGGAGAGUUCCUCCAUGAGGCUGGCUACGAAGUCGUCUUCGUCGAUGUUGUCGACGACCUGAUCACUUCAAUUCAGAACACUCCCUCAUACGAGAUCACCGAGAUCAGCGAAGACGGCGAGAAGACAAAGAAGAUUACUAACUACCGCGCACUCAACUCCAAGUCUCAUGAAGCCGACGUGGUCCAAGAAAUCGCGACUGCCGAUAUUGUGACGUGCGCUGUUGGACCGCGGGUCCUCCAGUUCAUUGCUCCCGUCAUCGCCAAGGGUCUCGAAUCUCGCAAUGUUUCCACCCCACUCACUGUCAUCGCUUGCGAGAACGCUAUCAACGCUACCGAUACCCUCCGCGGCCAUAUUGAGAAGAAGACCAAGCCAGAGAUAAUCAGCGAGCGUGCCGUUUUUGCCAACUGCGCCAUCGACCGUAUUGUCCCUAACCAGCCUCCGAACAACGGUCUCAACGUCCGGAUCGAGAAAUACUGGGAAUGGGUUGUUGAGCAAACUCCCUUCAAGGAGAAGGGCGUCGCGCACCCCAACGUCUCCGCCAUCCACUGGGUGGAUAAGCUCGACCCCUACAUUGAACGCAAGCUGUUCACCGUCAACACCGGACACGCCACGACUGCCUACUAUGGCCACCUUGCUGGUAAGAAGACUAUUGCCGAUGCUCUCCACGACCCGAAGAUCCGUGAAAAUGUCCACAAGGUCCUAGACGAGACUGCUUCCCUGAUCAUUAACAAGCACGGCAUCUCUGAACAAGAACAGAAGGAGUAUGUCGAUAAGAUCAUCAGCCGUAUCUCCAACCCCUACCUCGAGGACGGCGUUGAGCGUGUGGGUCGGGCCCCACUGCGCAAGCUCUCCCGUAACGAACGCUUUAUCGGACCUGCCUCCCAGCUUGCUGAGCGCGGCCUCAAAUUCGAUGCUCUCCUCGGCGCUAUCGAGCAGGCUCUCCGCUUCCAGAACGUUGAGGGAGACGAAGAGAGCAAAGAACUCGCUAAGAUUCUCAAGGAAAAGACGGCUGAGGAAGCUACCAGCGAGUUGACUGAGCUCGAGAAGGAUCACCCUCUGUAUUCCCACGUGCUUGAACGUGUGAGAACUGUUCAACAAGAGUCCAAGUAGGAUCAACACCACCCCGGCAAAGUUGUCUCAGCGCCUCGUUGUCACAACUACACCCUCCCUUAUCGCGUUUCGAACACACGCUUACUCACUGCCAUGAAGGGAGCCGACUCGAUCACGGAUUUGAAAGUCCCCAGGCGAGUUUCUUCUCCAAACGACGUUGAACAUGUCUGGCCGCAGGACGGAACUUGAUUGUGCAUGGGAUACGGCGAAUAUGGUCUCGGCAUGGGGUUAUGUAUUAUGGAAAUCUCGGUUUAGCGUUAUGAUUUGUAUGUAAUCGCUUAGAUGCAGUGCACUAAGCUAAUGAAUUGAUGAUCAUGAUAUCGAGUUGU